AUGUCGACGAUCGUUUUGAUUCUUUUUUUAUUUCUUAUUCCUAUUGGGAUCGUUUAUGGACAAAAUCGAAUUACAGUAAUCGGCCAAGCAGAUGAUCCCAAUUGUGCUAAGUGUGACAGUCGUGCAGUAUGCAUACGUUUAUCAAAUGUGAGCGGUGUCAGCUGCGUGUGUCUUCCUGGUUUUGCUCUUUCUUCAUCAACCGGACGUUGUGUGCUUCAAGAAAUACCACAAAAUGGCAUCUGCGACAGCCGUUAUGAAUGCCUUAAUGGAGGUUAUUGUUCCAAUGUAACGAAUAUAAAUGAAUGUGCUGCAAAUGAUCGAAUUUGUGGAUCAUUUACAUGUAUUAAUUUACCGGGAGAUUAUAAAUGUGAUUGUGAUUUUUUUCAUUCAGGAAAACGAUGUCAAAAAAUUAGUGGUAUUGGUUUAUUUGUAUUGAUUAUUUCAUCAAUUGUAAUAAUUUUAAUAAUUGGUUUUCUUAUUUUAUUUGCUAUUCGAACGUUUGUUACUUAUCGUUUAUCACGACGAGUUUCAAGAGAACGUGAACUUCAACUUCAAAAUCCUUGUAUGGCAACAUUAACCACCGGUGGUAUGAUGGGAGAUGAUCCAUUAGGAAAUGGUUCAUCAUAUAUUCGUCCAGUUGGUCAUAGAAUUUAUGUUCCAAUGGAAACAAGUUUUGCUAAUGCAACUCGUGUUCAAGCAAGUCUAGAUGAUGAUGAUAAAAAACAAAUUUCACCACCACCACCAAAAUAUGAUUCUUCAAAUUUUGAUCAACCUAUCGAUAAUAUAAUAUCUACUGAAAAAUAA